GCAAGGGUCAAAGCAAGAGCUGAAAGAGGGCCAUCUGUUUUCUCCAUGCAGUGUACGAACAUGGAAAAUAAGCUAUCCAGCAAUACAUCAGAUGCAAUAUUGGGGACAGAGAUAAGAAAAGGAGAAGAACAAGAGUUGAAGGACAGAGAAAAAUGGAACAACAAAAUGGAAUUUAUGCUUUCAAUGGCAGGGGAAAUUAUUGGGCUUGGAAAUGUUUGGCGUUUUCCUUAUCUCUGUUAUAAAAAUGGAGGAGGUGCCUUCCUUAUCCCUUAUCUCAUCUUCCUAUUCUUUGCUGGCAUUCCGGUGUUUUUUCUGGAGACAGCUUUGGGCCAGUACACUAGUGAAGGUGGGGUUACAGCCUGGAGAAAAAUUUGUCCUAUUUUUGAAGGCAUUGGUUAUGCUGCACAAGUUAUUGUGGCCUUCCUGAACAUCUACUACAUCGUCAUUCUGGCCUGGGCUUUAUUCUAUCUGUUCAAUUCAUUCAAAACAACUCUGCCAUGGUCGACUUGCGAUAACUACUGGAACACAGAAACUUGUAUUCAGAAAUGGAAUAAUACAAAUGCAACAUUCAACGCCACGGCACCCGAGGUUGAAUUCUGGGAGAUCCGUGUUUUGGGCCAGUCACCAGGCAUUCAGCAUAUUGGACAUCUCCGGUGGGAGCUUGCACUCUGCCUUCUUUUGGCCUGGAUUGUGUGCUACUUCUGCAUCUGGAAAGGUGUCAAAUCUACUGGCAAGGUUGUUUACUUCACUGCUACAUUCCCUUAUGUCAUGUUGAUCAUACUGCUAGUGCGAGGCUUGACUCUUCCUGGAGCAAAGGAUGGAAUUAUGUUUUAUCUUUAUCCAGAUAUUUCAAAGCUCAGUGAUCCACAGGUGUGGCUGGAUGCAGGAACCCAGAUCUUUUUUUCUUAUGCUGUGUGCCAAGGCGCUCUAACUGCUCUGGGGAGCUACAACAAAUACAACAACAACUGCUAUAGGGACUGCCUGGCUUUAAGUCUUUUGAACAGUGGAACAAGCAUUGUGGCUGGAUUUGCUGUUUUCUCUGUCCUUGGUUUCAUGGCUCAUGAGCAGGAGAGGUCGAUCUCGGACAUAGCAGUUGCAGGUCCUGGACUGGCCUUCAUUGCCUACCCAAAAGCUAUGACAAUGCUGCCUCUUUCUCAGCUCUGGGCAUGUCUCUUCUUUCUCAUGAUAAUAUUUUUGGGUCUUGAUAGCCAGUUUGUUUGUGUCGAGAGUAUGGUGACCGCUAUCACAGACAUGUUCCCUAAGACGUUUCGUAAGGGUAAAUCUCGGGAGCUCCUCAUCCUAGGGAUAGCUGCUGUGUGCUUUCUACUUGGCUUGCUCCUAGUAACUGAGGGUGGCAUUUAUAUCCUUCGUCUGAUGGAUUCAUAUGGAGCGAGUGGUCUAUGUUUGUUGUUCAUUGCCUUCUUUGAAAAUGUCUGUGUUGGAUGGUUUUAUGGAGCUGAUCGUUUCUAUGACAACAUCAAGGAUAUGAUUGGUUACCAAAUUGGACCCCUGAUGAAAUAUUGCUGGCUGUUUGUUACACCUGCUAUCUGUGCCGUUACAUUCUUCUUCUACUUGUUUCAAAGUUUUGGUGCAGCCUCUUCUACAGUUCCAGUGUGGUCCAUUGCUCUUGGAUGGAUUUUUACCCUCUCCUCUGUGAUCUGUAUUCCUGCUUUUGUUGCAUAUGCUUUGGUGGCAACAAAGGAUUGGAAGAAACUGAUCAUUCCGUCAAGUGACCUUCGUCAGGUGUGUCCCCAGAGGCCACGGUUAACAGUCUGUGAUGUUGUUGUCGCUCAGGGAAACAGUCCAGUAGAAGCAGUGGAAGAGAAGGAAAUGAUGACGACGGAAAAAGAAACUCUUAGGCUAUAAAUACAGGGAUAUUUACAUUUUAUGUUCAUGACAUCCUAAGCAAGCAGCAACAACAUGCUUCAAAAGAGUGUUUUGCCUUUAUGUUGUUUUACCUCAUAAAAGAAAAGAAGGACAGAAAAAAGAAAAGUUAAAAGUAAGAAGACCACCUUUAGGGAAAAGAGAAAUUAUUUUUCAGGAGAAACAUUGAAGAAAGCCAGUGAUUUUGUACUCUCACAAACCAAUAAACCUAGUUUAUUUUUAUACAUUGAUUUUUUUGAACUGUGGAUGUAUACCUUUGAUAAAUAACAGGCAUUUAUACUGUGCCUGUGAAAACAAAGAAGGUGCUGGGUUUAGUAGCAUUAUUUUUUAUUACAUAUCAGCACUUGUUUAGAAUAUCUUUAUGAAUUAUUUUGAAAUAUUCAGUAUUAACCAAAAGUCGAAGAAUACAUGUUUUUUUUUUCUUUUUUUUGUUAAAUCAUUGCAAUGUGGAACAUAUUUAUAAUGAUUAACUUUCAUCUUCAUUUCCAAAAGGCAAAAGGACUUACUGUGUGGCUCAGGUACAUGUUGAAUUCAAAUCUAUUUUGAAGGACAAUAUUUUUUAAGCAUUUUCACAUUUUGAAUUUUAUUUUCUUGCUUUUAUAAAGCUGCCACACAGCUUCAGAGCUCUGGGUUGGAAUCCCAGCUCUAGAGGAUUGUCUAUGCAGAGUCCACAUGUUCUUGCCAUGUCUGCUUGAGUUUCCCUCAAAUUACUGUGGUUUUUAUCUUAAAGAUGACCAGGUAACAUACCCAUUACUGGUUUAUUAAAAUUUUACUAAGUAAAAAUAAAAUUUGUAUAUGAUUGGCUGAUGUACCAUAUGGGACUGUAGGGUAAAUGGCUUCUGGCCCUAUGCAAACUUGAAGUUGACAAUCACAAUUGGUGGAAGGAAGACACCAUGAACAUUAUUACAAACAUCAGCUUAUAGCAUAUCAUAAAUGAAAGAUAAAUAAAGAGCUUUUCUAAUUUA